GGACGCGCAGCGGCCAAUCACAGACGCGUGUGUGCUGCUCGCUCCUGUGGACGAAGACAGACGACGACGACGACGACGAUUAUGGAGUGGAACUGUGUCCUGCUCUCUGUGACUCCCGCUGCAAACUUUUCAUUUCUACACUGACGCAGAAAACGGAGCGAGGUGUUGGCGUUUGUGCUGGAGGAGGAGGAAGAGGAGGAGGUGGAGGAAGGCAGCUGACUCUGAAGCUGGAAUGGGGGAGAUAGAAGGUUCAUACCGGGUCCUGCAGACUCCCGGCACCAGGCUGGGAGCCCAGUUCAAUGCUGGUAUCAGCACACUGGAGCCGGGCCAGAGCCUCAGUGGCAACAUGGUCAGCGGAAACAGGAGCCACGGACGAGGGCUACAGAUUCGAGUGCAGGGCUUGGACGACUCCCAGGAGUUCUUUGACGUAGAUCCAAAAGCUCUUGGACAGGAAGUGCUCUCUGAUGUUUUCCACAGAGGGAACCUCAUCGAGAGCGAUUACUUUGGCCUGGAGUUUCAGAACAUGCAGAUGAACUGGGUUUGGCUGGAACCAACUAAACCUGUUGUGAAACAAGUCAGAAGACCAGCAAACACCCUCUUUAGACUGUCGGUGAAAUUCUUCCCUCCAGAUCCUGGUCAGCUGCAGGAGGAAUACACAAGGUACUUGUUCUCGCUGCAGAUGAAGAGAGACCUGAUGGAGGGCAGGUUGAUCUGCUCGGAGAACACCGGAGCUCUGCUCGCCUCUCACCUCGUCCAGUCGGAGAUUGGCGACUACGACGAUGCGGCUGACGGAGACUUCCUGAGGACAAACAAGCUGCUGCCGUAUCAAGAGAAGGUGGAGGAGAGGAUCAUGGAGCUCCACCGCAGACAUGUGGGUCAAACUCCAGCUGAAUCUGAUUUCCAAAUCCUGGAGAUUGCUCGUAAACUGGAGAUGUACGGCGUCCGCUUCCACCAAGCGGCCGACCGCGAAGGAACCAAGAUCAACCUGGCUGUUGCUAAUAUGGGCCUUCAGGUUUUUCAGGGCAACACAAAAAUAAACACAUUCAACUGGUCCAAGAUUCGCAAACUCAGCUUCAAAAGAAAACGCUUCCUGAUCAAGCUUCACCCAGAAGUCCAUGGACCACACCAGGACACUCUGGAGUUCAUGAUGGCCAGUCGAGACCAGUGUAAAAUCUUCUGGAAGAUCUGUGUGGAAUAUCACUCGUUUUUCCGCUUGUUGGAUCAACCUCAACCCAAAACCAAAGCUCUCCUCUUCACCAGAGGCUCCUCCUUCAGAUACAGUGGAAGAACUCAGAAGCAACUUCUGGAGUACGUGAGGGGAAAUGGAGCAAAGAGAACGCCGUACCAGAGGAGGAACAGUAAAAUACAAAUGUCUGCUCGUUCUUUUGCAACAGAUGUGCCAAAACAGAGCUUGUCGUUCAGCGACAGUCUCAGGAGUCCGGGUUCCCUCGGCUCAGCCACAGUGUCCUUCCACACGUCCUCCGUCCUCCCUCGGACAGAGCUGCAGCCUCAGCUUCAGCCUUUUCCCGCGCUCGGCUCGUCUCCUCAGCACCUGCAGAAGCCGCAGCCGCCGCUCCACUCCCCUCCACGAGCCACGCGACCCCCCAGCCCGCCGAGGGAAGACGCCGUCAAGGCCACGCCCCCGCCCCACUACACUUUUCAAGAUCCAGAGAUGGACAGCCCUCAGCUCUCGCCCUUCAACUCCAAGGAUCCGCUCUGCCUGUCGCCCGCCUUCCAGCUGUCCACCCUCAGCCUGCCAGGUCAGGCGCCGUCGCCCCUGCAAAGCCCCAUCCUGAGUGAGGUGGGCAGCACUGCCAGGCUAGAGGAGGAAGAGGAGGGCAGGAGGAAGCGCUAUCCUACAGACAAGGCCUACUUCAUUGCCAAAGAGAUUCUGACCACAGAGAGAACAUACUUGAAAGACCUUGAGGUCAUCACCGUGUGGUUCCGAAGUGCUGUGAUCAAAGAGAACGCCAUGCCCGAAGGCCUGAUGACCCUCCUCUUCUCCAACAUCGACCCCAUCUACGAGUUCCACCGAGGCUUCCUCAAGGAGUUGGACCAGAGGCUGGCUCUCUGGGAGGGACGCUCGAACGCUCACGUCAAAGGCGACUACCAGAGGAUCGGCGAUGUGAUGCUGAGGAACAUGUGUGCUCUGAAGGAGUUCACCAGCUUCCUGCAGAAGCACGACGAGGUGUUGACGGAGUUGGAGAAGGCCACCAGGAGACUGAAGAAGCUGGAGACGGUCUACAAAGAGUUUGAGCUGCAGAAGGUCUGUUACCUGCCGCUCAACACGUUCCUGCUCAAACCCAUCCAGCGCCUCAUGCACUACAAACUCAUCCUGGAGAGACUGUGCAAACAUUACUCACCCGCUCACCGGGAUCAUGACGACUGCAAGGAGGCUCUGAAGGAAGUCGCCGAGAUAGCCACUCAGCUCCAGAGCAGCCUGAUCCGACUGGAGAACUUCCAGAAGCUGACCGAGCUGCAGAGAGACCUGAUCGGGAUAGAGAACCUGACAGCACCGGGCAGAGAGUUCAUACGAGAGGGAUGUCUGUACAAGCUGACUAAGAAGGGGCUGCAGCAGAGGAUGUUUUUCCUGUUCUCUGACAUGCUCCUCUACACCAGUAAAGGGGUCACAGCAACCAAUCAGUUCAAAGUGCACGGACAGCUGCCUCUUCACGGCAUGAUCCUCAUUGUGCUGGACGCACCGGUUGAGGAGAGUGAGAACGAGUGGUCUGUCCCUCACUGCUUCACCAUCUACUCCGCUCAGAGAACCAUCGUCGUGGCUGCCAGCUCUAAAGUGGAGAUGGGGAAGUGGAUCGAGGAUCUGAAUCUGGCUAUCGACGCGGCCAAGAAGUCCAACGAAAAGUCCAGCAUCUUCCUGGACGCCGGAGUCGGCGAUCACUCCAAUCGCUCGUCUGAUGAGGUUUCACUGGAGCAGGAGUCGGAGGACGACAUGAACUCGUCCAGGACGUCACUGGACAAGCAGACGCACCAUCGUGCAAACACGACCAUGCACGUGUGCUGGCACCGCAACACCAGUGUUUCUAUGUCUGAUCACAGCCUGGCUGUGGAGAACCAGCUCUCUGGUUACCUGCUGAGGAAGUUCAAGAACAGUAACGGCUGGCAGAAACUCUGGGUCGUGUUCACCAACUUCUGCCUGUUCUUCUACAAGACUCAUCAGGACGACUUCCCACUGGCAAGUCUCCCUCUGCUGGGCUACACAGUCAGCACCCCCGAGGAGUCCGACAGCAUCCACAAGGACUACGUCUUCAAACUGCAGUUCAAGUCCCACGUCUACUUCUUCCGGGCAGAGAGCGAGUACACCUUUGAAAGAUGGAUGGAGGUGAUCAAGAGUGCAGCCAGCACCACGGGCCGGAUUAUCCUGCUCAUACCUAAAGAAGGUGGAGGUCUCGUGGCAAUGAAUGGAAAAUGAGUGGAAUGCUGUGUGCGUGUGCGUGUGCGUGUGCGUGUGUGUGUGCGUGUGUGUGUGUGUGUGUGUGUGUGUGUGUGUGUGAGAGAGAGAGAGGCUGGGCCUUGAUGACAUCACAGAAAACCCCAAAAGUCCCAUUACUUUUCAAAGUAGCAAGUGAAAUGAACAUGUGACAUUAACAGACGAGAUUGAACGUCACUGACAGUUUUAACAUUUGUGUUUUUGUUUGUUUUUGUUCUUUUCUCUUGAUUCAAUGGUGUAAAUGACAUGUUCCACUCUCUCUCUCUCUCUGGGAUAUAAUGAAAGGGAGACUUGUACAUUAUUGUUUAUCUUGCAUGUGUAACUUCUUCAUAGAGACUGAUGCUCCAGGAAAUGGGACCAAAACCAACAAAGAAGGCUGAAAUUCAGCUUUUCUUUCAAGGAUUUUUCUGAUUUGGCCUGAAGCUUUUUCAUCUCAUGCAGCUUUGUGCUACAGGAAAUACGUCAAACUGUAUGUGGACAAUGAAGGAAAGGGUUAGUGUGUGCUCUCACCACUGUUAUAGAGCCAGAGGUGUGUGUGUCUGUGUGUCUGUGUGUGUCUGUGUGUGUGUGUGUCUGUCUGUGUGUGUGUGAGAAGAGGGGAGAUGAACAGAAAGUAAAUGAAAUGUUGAAGCAGGUUUGAGACGAGAAGUUGUUUUGUGGGAGAUUUUUGUUGAGAGAUUCUCUGAGUUCAUGCUGCUGCUGCUGCUGCUGCUGAUGCUGCUGCUGCUGCUGCUGCUGCUGCUGCUGCUGCUGCUGCUGCUGCUGCUGCUGCUGCUGCUGCUGCUGCUGCUGCUGCUGCUGCUGCUGCUGCUGAGUCACACAUUAUUUCAGGUCAGGCUUGGUACUCACACAGGGAUGUGCACCAACUGUAGGUACUGAGGCCCAGUUUGUCAGUGAUUUAAAAAAACAUUUUAGCCACUCGCCUGGUAAGAUGUUGUCCCUCUGAAGCCCACGAUAUAUUCAGAACAUGUCCACCACGUUAUCUUGCUGUUAAACAACAUUGUAAACGUCACACUCCCCACACCAAAGUCCACAGAGACAGCCUCCAUUAUUAAGUGUUGUUGUGUAAAUGUGUUAUUUAAGUGACACAAACAUGUGUCGAUGUUAUAUGGACUUUGGUGUGAGAGCAGUUAACAAACCUUUAAUGGUGAAACAUGUUCAUAAGAGAUGGUGGACUCAUGUGGAGUCAGCACCACUUCACAACAACAACCCUUUAUUUUAAGCCUCAGUUUGUAUGGUUGGGUCCAGUGUUCACAGAAGAGUUUGGUGCUACUUUAAUACGAAGAAUAUUUUUGUUCCUGUGUUGUUGUUCAUACCGAUAAUAAGAGGAGAAAAUGUGAUGAUUAUCACAGCAACACACUUUGAAUAUAUGAUGUCGUCAUGCGUUAGACGAAUGACACACAGAUAACAGAAAGAUCUGUUCAAUCCUGGUAUUUAGUGGCUUACAUGCAACCAUGGUAUUAUCUGCUCUAUCAUUUGAUGAAGACUGGAACUUGUACUCGUGUGUGUGUGUGUGUGUGUGUGUUUCUCCUAUUUAUUGUUUAGCAUGUGGUCCUGAAAGCUCUCGUGUAGUCUUCAUGUUAUCACUGUUUAUCACUGAAAAACCUAACCAAUAAAAGAUCAUUUCAAGCAGUUUCUGCUGACACUUUGUA